AUGGCAGCUUUUGGGUUGAAAGACUUCCUCAGUGAUGUUGGAUGCAAACUCGUUUUCUAUGUGCACAGGGUGGGCAGGGGGGUGUCUAUCAGCACCACCUGCCUGCUGAGUGUCUUCCAGGCCAUCACGAUCAGCCCCAGGAGCUCCAGGUGGGCAGAGCUGAAGGUGAAAGCCCUGAAGUGCAGCGGCUUGUCUAACGGCCUCUGCUGGGUCCUGCACCUGCUGCUAAAUGUCCGAGUUGCUAUGCUUGUGACUGACAGAUGGAACAACAGAAACAUCACAAAAGCUGUAUCUUUUCAGUACUGUUCAGCUGCGCUUCCCACCAAAAGUACAGGGUUCGAUUUUGGUGCAUUCACCUGCUUUCAUGACAUUUCAUGCUUGGCUCUCAUGGUCUGGGCCAGCGGCUCCAUGGUUUUUACUCUAUAUAGGCACGAGCGGCAGGUCCACCAUAUCCACAGACACAGCAGCGCGUCGAGACCUUCGCCUGGGACCAGAGCUUCUCAGAGCAUCCUCGUCCUGUGUAAAUCCAAUACCUCAUCCCCAUCUGCUCCUUCCUUGCCCCCUGAUAUGGGGAUCUCAUCCAAAGAAUCGUGUGUUUCGGAAUGUUUAUAUGAAGUCCUGGACAAUCAUAAAAUGAGCCCUGUGGAUUUGAAAUUUGGAGUGGUCUUCCUUGUCCAGGUUGUCCUUGGAACUCUGGGGAAUUUAGCACUCUUGUAUCAUUAUUGUAUCCUUUACUUCAGUGGAUGCAGAUCCAGGUCCACAGAUGUGAUCCUCAGGCACCUGACUAUAGCCAACUCCAUUGUUAUUCUCUCCAGAGGAAUCCCAGAGACCAUGGCAGCUUCUGGGUUGAAAGACUUCCUCAGUGAUGUUGGAUGCAAACUCGUUUUCUAUGUGCACAGGGUGGGCAGGGGUGUGUCUAUCAGCACCACCUGCCUGCUGAGUGUCUUCCAGGCCAUCACGAUCAGCCCCAGGAGCUCCAGGUGGGCAGAGCUGAAGGUGAAAGCCCUGAAGUGCAGCGGCUUGUCUAACGGCCUCUGCUGGGUCCUGCACCUGCUGCUAAAUGUCCGAGUUGCUAUGCUUGUGACCGACAGAUGGAACAACAGAAACAUUACAAAAGCUAUUGAUUUUCAGUACUGUUCAGGCACCCUGCCUGACAAAAACGCAGGUUACUUGUUUGGAGCGUUGACACACUUUCAUGACGUUUUGUGUAUGGAAUUUAUAAUCUGGGCCAGUGGCUCCAUGGUGUUUAACCUGUACAGGCACAAGCAGCGGGUCCACCAUAUUCACAGCCAAAAUAGCUCCUCAGGAUCUUCCCCCGAGAGCAGAGCCACUCAAAGCAUCCUCGUCCUGGUGAGUGCCUUUGUCUCUUUCUAUGCUGUAUCCUCCGCCAUCCAUGUUUGGUUUUCUCUCCAUGGUGAAACUGCUUGGUGGCUGGCCAGAAUUUCUGCCUUCAUCAAUGCUUGCUUCUCCGAGGCCAGCCCCUUUAUUCUCAUGAGCCGUGAGCGCCGUGUUUCCAGGCUCAUUUGGAAGACGUGA